AAACAAUAAGGAGGCCUACAAUUAGAUGACCUCCCAAGCUGAUUGAACUUCAAUAACAAUCAUACAGGCCAUCUCGAACCGGGCGGAAACUUAACUCUAUCCAAUAUCAUACAUCCUGCCUGCUCUUCGGUCACCUGUUUCCUUUUUGCAACCCAAGGAUUAACCCGUGAGCAAUCAUGUCAGACGAGGGCGCUUCACCCCGCGAGCUCAUUGUCGAAGCCUGUCGCCGCGACCAGCCCCAUCUGAUAGAACAAGUCCUCGACUCAUUCGAAGGGAAGUCAAAUGAAGAGGUAGCCGAGAUCUUCAACGGCAUCACAGACGCAAUGGGCAACUACGCUCUCCACAUCUGCGCGCAAUACGGAAGCUAUGACACAAUGGACGGCCUCUUCGAUAUCCAAUUCUUCGAAUGCGACCCCCUCACCCGGCUAGACAAUGACACUCCACUACAUGUGGCAGUCCGGUACGCGAACGAGAAAGACGCCGAGAUAGGCACAGCAAUGAUCAAGAUGAUGUGCGAGGCAGGGUGUGACCCGCGAGUAAGGAAUAAACAUGGCCAAAAGCCGGCGGAGCUAGUCUACAAUAACCAGGAGAUCAAGACGACGCUGCAGCAGGCCGAGUAUGUGCUCGCGGAGGGAUUGAGGAACGAGGAUAUCGCUGAUGAUAGUGAGGGAAGUGCCAGUGACAGCGAAUAGAAGGGUGGGUUGAAAGACUAAGGCUUUAAGUUUUUGUGUUUUGCCAUUAUAUAGAUAUGCAUAUACGUAUGACUUAUGAUUGGAGCUGGUUUA